AUGGCGGUCGCCCGACCAGUUAACCAAGGCAAAAACGGGAUUAGAACAAAUGGCAUCGUUGUGCCAGAAACCUUGGUGGCCCCGAAGAAAAAACAAUCUGUCCCGAAUCACCUCCUCGAAACAAAAAUCUUCCACAAAGUGAAUCAGAACAGUCUUGUACAAGCCAGACCUGGAGUUGUUCAUUUUGGUGGAUAUGAUUUGGCUAAUCUGCAUAAACAGACAUUGCGAAUUGCCAACAUCUCUGGUGAAUGUCUACAGAUGCAUAUAAUACCGCCUACGUCGGCUUACUUCCGAGUGAAGUACAAGAAGCAAGAACGUCUCGUGCCGGGGUUAACAAUGGAUAUUAUAGUAGAGUUUGUACCAGAUGAAUGGAGGUAUUACUAUGAUUGUAUCCGAAUUCAUUGCAAGGAUGAUGAGAACCUAUUAAUUCCAAUCCAUGCCUACCCUGUAAUGAACACGGCUGAUUUUCCAGAGAUUGUUCAUUUUCCUCCAGUACCCCUAUCUCACAGUUUAUCAAAAAUCAUCCCACUCCGUUGCAAUGCACCUAUAGAUUUUGAGUACCAGUUGACUUACCUGGAGUCUCAUCCUGCGUUUAGUGUGUCACCACUAUCUGGAAUAGUGCCAGCUAACGGAGAAGUCAGCAUUGCUGUAACAUUCACCCCAACAGACUUCAUCACCGCACACAUGAAACUGCAGCUAAAUAUAUCACAGUUUAACUCUAAACCCCUAGUGUGUACAUUCACUGGUGUCUCAGAGCCAGGCUUAGCUAGGGCUGAAGUCGAGGAAAGAAUGAGAGAGGACACAUUUGAUGAAGACAGUCCUUUGCUUGAUCCACAUUCGAUAUCGCCGGUGAAUAUGGCAAGGAGGAAGAGAAAGAGUAAAAGUAAGAGCCGGACGGUGCAGCAGCCUCCAUUGCAAGAAAUUGAUUAUGCUGGGUUUCGAUUUCCAACAAAUUUGAAUAGUACGCAUGCAGUCAGUUAUGUAUUGAACCAAGAACAAGGAAAGAUGAGAGCUAAGGACUUAAGAGAUGCUGUGUUGGCAAAGAAGGAAUCUGGUCCAGGCACACGGCAGAUGAAAGAGGCAUUAUUUGAACAUGAAGUGAAACAAGAUGUUUUAUCAGAGAGGAGAAACCAACUUAGAUGGCAAGUGCAUUUAGGACGGGAGCAAAUAACUUCAUUUGCUAGAAUGGACAUUAUUGAUGCCAGAGUUGAAGCUGAACGUGAAUAUCAUUUUCAGAGAGGAGAUCCAUUGGCUGACAUUGAAUUUAACAGAGCUUGCACAGCAUGUACUCAGAAGCGAACACGCCGAAGGCUUGGCUAUGUACCUGACAUUGAAGCCAAGUUUGAUACUUAUACCAAUGAUCCAUGGGUUCUGAGACACAGAGCAAUAGGAAGGUUUCAGCAAGCUGCAUGGAAAGUCAUUGUGCGGUUACGUGUUAAUAAGCGCAUCAGGCUUGUUAAACAACUUGUUGUUGAUUAUCGUGCUGGAAGGGCUGGAAGGGAGCCUUCAGCGACCUAUGGUGACAAUAAAGAUGUGAAUAUUAAAGAUUUACCAUUGCAUAUAACAAGAGAAAAUGUUUUACCAUACGCCUUCCCUACUUACACAGCACCAAAUGUUAAAGAUGACAUGGCUCCAGAUGCACUUGGUUCAGUCCCAUAUAAACCAACAGAAGUGUUUGUGAAGAGAAAAGUUCCAUAUUCCAGUCUAAAGGUUCCUCAACAAUACAAAUGCAUGGGUUACAAAUUACAUAACACUCAUAAUUCAUCGAGCGGGUAUGUACCUCCUAAACUAGUCAAACCAUUAAGGACAGGUGCUGAGGAUGAAAUUAUCUCACUGCCAGCACCACCACCUCCAGGAGCAGCAUGGGUUCAUGAACCCACAGAGAGUCUCAUUGGUGAAGUUAUAGAGAGAUCACAUAACGAGGAACAAGCCAUGGCAUUAGUUCCACCUCCUGCACUCUUCAAUCCUAUUGAAUAUCCCUCUUUACAUAUUUUUAAUCCAUCACCUGGUUUACAGGUAUUUUUACCACCUUUGCCAUAUGCAGAAGUAGAUCCUGAUUUCCAUCUUUGUCCAUUGCCAAGGUAUACUCAUAAAGAUCCUAAUAGUAAACAUGCUGCUACACUCAAGAAAUUUCUAGACAGAGAGGAUGUGAUACGUGGAGUUAUGCAAUGGAAGAAGUUCCCAUCACAAGGCCUGGUUUCACUAUCAAAUACACCAACGCUAACCAAUGUUUGGGUUCCCAGAUGGACUGAUCCAUUCAGUCAAGAUAUGUUACCAGAAGAUAUGCCUGUAUUACUAGAUGGUUUACCUGUAGAUGAUAGGGAAGAACUUGCUUACAGCGAUACAUCAGAUGACGAGAGAGAGGAGUGUGAGGAUGAAUUGCCUGAGAAGUCUGACAAAAUAAUUCUGACACCUGAAAUGGUGAAUGCCCAGUUUCCUUUGAUUGAUCUACCACAAAGUCCCAGUCCUAGACCAGAAACAGUUCAAGCUAGUGAGGACUUCCCACAUGGCACCAAACUUCCCAUACAUAACAAUCCAGUAUCUAGUACGGGACCUGUACAAAGAGAGAAGCGGGAGAGAGAACUGGAUAUGUUCCUUAAGAAGCGAUACAAUAGACUUGGAGAUAGAGUCCAGGCCAAAAUAACACACAUGGAAAACUUGACGACAAAUCCAGAGUUAAUACUAAAAUAA